AUGUCUAAUACUACUACCGCGUCUCUGAAAGCACCUUUGGGAGAAGGCUUGACUUCUCUCCAACAAUCUCAGUGUUUUUCCUCGCCGGAUAGGGAGCUGCUUGGACGCGAAGAGAUGCAUGAUGUGAAUGACUCCAGUGUGAAGAAAUCUGCUUCGCCAACUCAUCCUGCAUCAAAUACUGACAGAGCUUUAUUGUUGCUGGAAGAAUACUGCAAAAGAUUAAGAAAACCAGAGGAGCAGCUGUUGAAAAAUGCUGUUAAAAAGGCGGCCGCAGUGGUGGUAGCUUGUGCAGCAGUGAUCAAGAUUAAGGCCCCAGACUUUUGCAGCAAGAAGAAGGAGCUGCUGAAACAGCUGGACGAACUGAAAGCAGAGCUGUCCCAGCUGCGGGUCGCCAAAGUGACAGGCAGCGCAGCAUCCAAGCUCUCUAAGAUCCGAGUCACCUGCAAAUCCAUUGCUUGUGUUCUCACCGUUAUUAACCAGACUCAGAAAGAAAACCUCAGGAAAUUCUUAAAGGGCGAGAAAUACAAACCCCUGGAUUUGCGGCCUAAGAAAACGCGUGCCCUAUGCCACUGGUUCAACAAGCACGAGGAGAAUCUGAAGCCCAAGAAGCAGCAGUGGAAGGAGUGGUCUGAGCACCCGUGGAUAAAAUACAACUGGCUUAAAAAAAAAGAGAGAAAAAAAAGAAAAAAAGAAAAA